AUGGAGACCCUCGAUAAAGCCUGGCACACUGCUGCCGAUGCCUUGCGAAAUGAAAUCCACGCAUACCAAUCCUCUCUGAAACAUUGGACCGACUACGGCGAGGAACCGCUGUCGGGAGUCCAAGGUAAAGGGACUGCGACGGAUCCCUACGAUGCCGGCAACCGAGAUGAACAACCCGGCGCUCCUCGCAGUCAACAGAAUACCGCCGUUGUCCCAGAAGCCCUGGCUUCCAUCUCCGCCGACGACCCCAAGAUCACUGGUGGCAGUCGACCGGUUAAUAAGCCUGUAGGUGAUUAUGGGCCCAUGGGAGUCCAAAUGGACUCAAAUCCAAUAGACAAGGUCGUUCCCCAGUCUCGGGUUCCCGAGCAGAGGGACGGUCUGGCCAGUCAAGACCAAGCUGGUGCUGGGGGAUCUCGGAAGUCCGACUAUAUCAACGGGCAACCUGCCAUCUCUGGAGAAGUGGAGGAGGGUCAGAUGUCGGUCAAUAAAGGGCAUAAUCGGAAAUUGAGCCUAGGCAACAAAGAAAGCUACACCGGUGCAGACAUGAAGAAACAUCAAUUGAUGUAUGAACAACGGGUUAGCCAGAGCCAGCCUCCCCUCACGAAUGGCCAAGUCAGCGGCCUGCAUGGCCAGAGGAACGAAGAUGGCUUCGCCAUCAAGUCCAUUGGGUUAUCUACUUCUGGCACACCGGGCACCCCCGGCUCCCCUGACACUACUUCUAGUGCUCCAGCCCAUCCCCCGACCACGUCUAAAGCAAGUGAGGAGGCUCUCAAGGGACCCCAGUGCCCAUCACGAGCACCAUAUGAGUUUGAGAAGGAGUUAGAUGAGAAGCGCAAGAGAAGGUCGAAAUCGGGCAACCGUUCAACCCACAAGCGUGACAGUGGCUAUGGCUCUGGCACUGGUACUGGCACUGGUAUUGGCACGACCACUACCUCUAGCAUGACCACCGAAACCACUGCACGAAAGUCCUCCCCAACCGCAGACAGCCCACCCACCAAGAAUGGCUCAAAGACUGCGAUAGCCACCAUGAAAGAGAAACUCGAGAAAGUGGUACAUUUUGGACAUCACUCGAACAAAUGA